GAACGCCAUAAGCAAGUAACCAUGGCAAAUGUACAAUUCGAUAUCCCGACAAUCGAUGAGGAGCUCGUCCUGGACACAGAGGUGUAUACUCCCAUUACUACCCCACCCGGCAAAGCUAAUAGUCCAUAAGCAAGUAUCAAGCAAUUCCCUCAACCGCGCUGGGGAAGAAACCGACGACCAUGUCCUCCAGGUACCUUCCCUUUCCUUCCUCCAUCCUCCUCCAACUAACAAAGAGAGAAAAAACGAAGAUAACAUUCGACCCCCAUGUCCAGGCCGCCCGCCGCCGCAAAUCCUCCAUCGUGUCCAUCGAUGAGAUGGGGAAUCCCUCGCUCCCCAAAUUUCUUAAUAACCAUGACAACAGCGGCGAUGACAAGGGUAUGGGUGCUGGUACGAAGAGCAGUUGUUUCGUGCACGCCUUGUUGGAGAUGCGGAACCAGUGUGCUUCGGUUGGGGGUGGGAACGGGAGUGGUAGGGAGGUGGAGGGGAAGGGGGAAGAGAGGAUUGUCGCAGCACAUAGGAGUCCGCCAUUUAUGACUAAGAAUGAACUGUCGGAUAUGGUAUUGGGGGUUAGGGAGUUGAGUAAGCACUUAGGUGAGUAGAGUACUGGUAUGAUCGCGUAUUUAUUACAUUGGAGGGGGGCUAAUAGGGGAAAUGGGUAGCGAGUAUUCAGAUUAAGAUGAAAGUCCGGGCUAUUAUGAUCUUGACGAAGACUUAUGAUAAAGCGCUGAUCGGGUAUACGAGGAGGCUUGUGGAAUGGUUGUUAGACGGGGAGAGGGGGAGCAAGCACACUGUGUUUGUACUCCUUGGGUUGCUCGUGAGUUGUUGGUGUGGCUGCUGAUGGUCCCCGGGGUAGAUACAUUGAGGACGUCCUCAAAGACGCACCAGAAUUCGAUGUGGAGGGGCUCGUACAAAAGUGUCCCGGGUAUAAAUCCAGGCUGCAUUACUGGACUACGGAGUUAUGUGCUAAGCGGCCGCAUACCUUUGAUUUUGUUAUCACUGUGAGUUCUUCGCCCUCCCUCCUCUGUAGUUGUGUGUGUGAAUCUGUCUGAUAGGAGUUCUAGCUUGGCGGUGAUGGCACUGUCCUUUACGCGAGCUGGCUGUUCCAGAAGGUAGUCCCACCGGUGUUCUCCUUCGCCCUGGGGUCCCUGGGGUUCUUGACAAAGUUUGAUUUCUCUGCAUUCGAGGAGACACUAUCUACUGCCAUACGGGAUGGCGUGACUGUGGGGCUGCGGCUGCGCUUUGAGGGUAAGUAAUGCCAUGGAUUGUUAUUCGGCUGGUGAGCCUUUGCUAACGUACCUGCCUCCCCCGCUCUUUUUCGGCAAAUCAUAGGCACCAUCAUGCGUAGGAUAAAAAAUAACGAAGACCUUGACAGAGGUGCAGACAUUGCCAAUGAGAUAUUCUCCGGAGCGGUGCUCCGCCCGCCGACGCAUACUGCCGGGGAAUCGUUUAUUGUAUUGAAUGAGAUUGUGGUGGAUCGGGGGCCAAACGCUAGUGGGUUCCUUUCCCUUUCCUCUUUGCCUUAGUGAUCUAGGUUUGGGGGGUUAAUUGUGGUGCGCUAAUAAUGGGGGGAAGCUAUGUCCUCGACGGAGCUGUAUGGGGAUGAUAUGCACUUGACGACCAUUCAGGCGGAUGGCGUGUGUAUUGCGACGCCGACGGGGUCGACGGCGUAUAACCUUGCCGCCGGAGGUUCGCUCUGUCACCCGGAGAUUCCGGCAAUUUUGGUGUGUUCUGCGUGCGAGUAUCAAGAAGCCUACGAUCUGACGAAUCUAGAUCUCUCCCAUUUGCGCCCAUACUCUUACCUUCCGCCCUUUAAUACUCCCGGACUCGAUGGUUGUCCGCGUGGCCGUCCCGUGGGAUGCACGGACUACUGCUUGGGUAUCAUUUGAUGGGCGACAGAGGAUAGAAUUGAACCGUAAGUUGAGCCAUAUGUUUUGACUGUGUACUAGCAUUAAUUCCUAAGCAGAGGGUGAUUACGUAAUGAUAUCGGCAUCCCGAUUCCCAUUCCCAGCGGUACAGAGCAAGCCCGAUAACAAAGACUGGUUCGACUCGAUUCGGCGAACGAUGAAUUGGGGGUCCAGACCGAGACAACAAGCGUUUUCUUGAAUUCACUACUUUAGGACGACAGCUUGAUGUUUUUAUUUCAUUUGGUUUUGGCUGUUAUGCGGCGCUUGGGAUAUGUCGGUCUGGGUGUAUGCCGGAUUUUUUCCUCAAUUUUAUAUAUCGCUGGUGACGACCGAGAUUACUGAUAUCGAGUCUUUUUAUUGUUUGCGAGGGGUUCCUAAGUUAUUGUGAUUGCUACCCGUAUACGGAAUACGGUUUCUCCACCAAUCUGAAGAACCGUCGCAAUUGUCCUUCGAUACUUCCUGGCAAUUUAUGAAGUAUUCGGAUGCUAUAGCGUCAGGGCAGGUACUGAUUUGAGAGAGGGUGUCCGGAUACUUUAUAGCCGGUCGAGAACAGUACUAUUUUCCGCCAAAAUUUCCAGCCUCCUU